CGUACAGAUGAUGCACUUCCUGUGGGUGCAUUUCAGAUGGCGCGUGCGCCAUGCACUAUUCUCACUGGCGCGCAUGCACAGUUCCCGGAGCGACGUCCGGUGCCAUCAAGGCGUGCGCUCCACGCUCCACACACUCCAAAUUCUAUGAGGCUGCACAGUGAUCUCCACCUCUUCUCCAUUUAAGGGACAUCAUACCACAUACAGUAAGUCUUUUAUAUCAUUUCUGCUUGCGGCAUACAGUUCACUGUUUGCACACAUCUUUGUACAAGCACCAUUGAUUUCAUUUUAUUUAAUUCAUGGAAGUGACACACGC